AUGUCCACCAACAUCACCUUCCAUACCGGCUCCGUCUCCGCCGAGGAGCGCCCCGCCCUCCUCAGCCAGAAGGGCGUCACCGUCUGGUUCACUGGUCUCAGCGCGAGCGGCAAGUCAACGGUCGCAUGCGCGCUCGAGCAGCACCUCCUCCACCUCCACAAGUUCACCUACCGUCUCGAUGGUGACAACAUCCGCUUCGGCCUGAACAAGGACCUCGGCUUCGACGACAAGUCGCGCAACGAGAACAUCCGCCGCAUCGGCGAGGUCUCGAAGCUUUUCGCGGACGCGUGCUGCAUCGCCCUCACCGCGUUCAUCUCGCCAUUCCGCGCGGACCGCGCGGUCGCGCGCGAGCUCCACGAGAAGGCGGGCCUCGCGUUCGUCGAGGUCUACAUCGACGCGCCCCUCGCCGUCGUCGAGGCGCGCGACCCCAAGGGCCUCUACAAGAAGGCCCGCUCGGGCGAGAUCAAGGACUUCACCGGCAUCUCGUCCCCGUACGAGGCGCCUGAGAGCCCCGAGAUCCACAUCAAGACGGACGAGUGCGACGUCGCCGAGGCGGUGAAGCGCAUCACAGAGUACCUCACGGAGAAGAAGUUCAUCUAA